AUGUCUCGAAGCGUGGUACAACCCAACAGCUGGGUGGCAUUGAGACUGCCAAACGACGCACUGCGCGUUCUCCAAGUCGCACCAAACACGACAAUCUCCCUCGGAAAAUAUGGCUCGUUCCCGAGCAAUUUGCUCAUGGAGCGCCCGUUCCACCUGACGUACGAAGUACAAGAGAAGCGCCCCGGCGAAAACUUCUCCCGGCUGCGAAUCGUGCCCGGCGCAGAGCUCAACGCCGACAUACUCGCCGAGACCAACGAGAAUGAGCAGACGGACGGCGACGCGGCCAUUGUCGUCGGCGAAGGCGAGCAGCUGGCGCUCGUAGACGAAUCCGGCAAGGUUGUCGCGCGGUCGAAUCGAGAAAUCAUUGACGACUCGGCGCGGCAGACGCUCACAGCAGACGAGAUUGAGGUGUUGAAGCGCGAGGGCGCCUCGGCCGGCAAAGAGCUGAUUGCCAAGCUCAUGCUGUCGCACACGGCGAUUGACCAGAAGACGUCGUACUCGCUCGCGAAAUACAAGCUCCUGAAAGAGCGCAAGUUCCUGAGGAGAUUCUCCGUGCUGCCGCUGGACGUCGUCCUGCUGGGCCAGUGGCUGCUGGAGAACAGAGACGCCUGGAAAGUGCUGGAGCUGAGGCCGGAGAUGAUGGGCCUGCUGGGAUGCUGGGCAGACGUGCAUUUCGGAGGCGAGCCCGCCCAGGGCGUGCGCGAGCCUCACGGGGGCCGGUGGCUAGCGGUCGAUGACACGGGCGGCCUGCUGGUGGCCGCUUUGGCGGAGAGGAUGGGAUUGCUGCACCACGAGCCGGGGGAGCAGGCCGCGUCCCCGGGCCCCGGGGAGGAGGAGGAGGAGAGCCGGCCGGCGGCAGAGGCGGCCGCAGGGCAAAACGGCGCAAACGGCGGCCCCGAACAACAACAAGAGCCUCCGUCGUCGCCACAGGCGCAGCGGACGAGUAAGAAGCGUCCUCGCUGUCGUGAUUUCGACGACCACUUCGCCCUCACAAAUACAAUCACCCUCAUCCACUCCAAUUCGCAGCCUAACUUAUCCGUGCUGCGGUACUUUGACUACGACGCCGGCGAUCCCAACCCGACGUACCCGUACCACCCGCUCUUCACCAACCUCCUCCCCAUCUCGUGGCUGCAGCUCGUCGACCCCGCGCAAGACGUCGUCUGCUCCGAGAAGCCGGCGGACGCGACGCCCGAGGAGCUCGCGUCCUGGAAACCCAACCGCCGCGGAAACUACCACCGCAAACGCCGCAGGUGGGCCCGGACCAACGAGGUCAUCGAGAACACGCGGGCGGGCGGCUUUUCCGGGCUCGCCGUAGCGAGCACCAUGGACCCCGUUUCCGUCCUGCGCGAGGCGCUCCCGCUGCUGGCGGGGGGCGCCCCCAUCGCCAUCUACUCGCCGACCAUCGAGCCGCUGGAACAGCUGGUGGACUGCUUCAGCAUCGGCCGCCGGGCGGCGUGGGUGUCGUCGCUGCCCGCGGAGGCGGAGGGCAAGACGCAGGCCGAGCUGGACCGGUGGCGGGGCACGAGGGAGUUCCCCAUUAAUCCUACCUUGGUGCUGGGCGCGGCCGUCCAGAGCAGCAGAGCCAGGAGGUGGCAGGUUCUGCCGGGGAGGACACAUCCGUUCAUGACGGGGAGAGGGGGCGCCGAGGGCUUCUUGUUUACGGGGUGGAGGGCGAUUCCGGCCCAGGGGAGGGUUUCUGCAAGGGGCAAGUUCCAGAAGAAGAGGGGAGAAGCGGCAUGA